AUGGUGGCCGUUUCGAGUGAGAAGUCACCCAAAGCUCCGGCCGUUCGUGCCGUGACCUCGUCACGGAGCCUCAGAGGACACAUUGAGUCGAAGAGUCCUAGCCGAUAUGGAAAUCUGCGGAAUGACGCUGCUGGUGGCGGCGGCGCAACCCAUGGAUGCUUGAUCGAUCCGCGCUGGGGUACAAAGCUAUUCUGGGACUUCUUCGUCAUGUUCGUUGUCCUGGCCGACGCAUUGAUCCUCCCCUUCCAGCUCGCGUUCAAGAAUGACAAGCAGGACGGCUUCGACGAGUUUUGGUUUUGGUGGACAACGAUCCUUUUCGGCAUCGACAUCAUUGCCAACUUCAACACAGCGAUCCAGGUGGAUGAUGAUGGCAGUCGGCCAGAUGCGUUGAUCCGCGACAGGCGAGCCAUCGCCCUUGUCUACGCCCGAGGUUGGUUUGGCAUCGAUUUCUUCAGCACUGUUCCGUGGCCGCGCUUGGUCUCAAUUUUUGCAGGAGGAGAGGAAGGUGGCGGCUCUACUCAAGCCGCCAAGCUGCUGAAGGUGGUGAAGUUCCUCCGCCUGAUGAGGCUGAUGCGGAUGCUCCGGAUGGCGAAGCUCCGAAAGCUUUGGGAGCGUGUUGAGGACGAGAUUGGCUCCGUGCUGUUGGUGCAGUCGAUGAUGUUGGUGCGCAUCCUCGUCAUCGUGGUUGCCAUCUGCCACUGGAGCGCGUGCAUCUUCUGGAUUGUUGGGAGUCCAGAAAGCCUUAUCACCGAUCUCAUGCCCCAAGAGAUGGCUGAGGAGUUUGCCCAGGUCCCUCAUUGGACCACCAUCUUCAGGACGCACGGUCCGGAGCAAGAGGUUUGGCGUUGGGUUGACCGGCCCACAUCAGAGUCGUACAUCUUCUGCUUCUAUUGGACACUGGGAGUUAUGAGGACAAUGCCUGCCGAGGUCACUCCAGUCAAUUUGGCUGAGCGCGUUUUCGUGCUUCUCUUCAUGUUCUUCGCCCUUUCGGCCUUUGCCAUCUCGGUGGCUUCGCUCACGCAAGCCUACUUCAAGAUUUCCGAGCGCAGCCGAUCUUUCACGGAUGAGCUCUUCGCUGUGCGUAUGCUCAUGAAGAAGCUGAAGAUGGAUCAAGGAUGCAGGAGAAAGAUCAAGGAGUUCUUGGCGCUCAU